CAGAGAUUAACUCCAAACUCAUAGGCCCCAAUAUCUUCAAAUCACGUUCCUCUCCUUUCACACGACUCCAAACAAUGCAAACGCGUUUCCCCUCCUCCAAAGUCCAUAUGAAAUGGAAUUUCCUCUCGUUUACCUCUCUCUCUCUCUCUCUCUCUCUCUCUGUGAAAACUCUCUAUAAUAGGACCCCUCUUGAGUUUGGAAAUCAUCCAAAAAUUGCAUCUCCUCAACCAUGGACCACCCAAACGCCUCUGCAACUUCAAUCCAUCACACCCACGGGCUGUCAGUAUCUCGUUCUAUGCGUCGUUCCUGUCAUCGUCCUACCAAAUCUGUGGCCAAUCAAGUGGUUCGCUGCCUGAUCACCUCGCUAAUCCUGCUAUUCGUCUUGGCCAGCGCCGCGUGCUUCAUCGCCUGGCUCAUGCUCCAUCCCCACCCUCCUUCAUCCAGAGUCAACUCUCUCGCCGUGUCCGGCUUCAACAUCUCGAGCCCUCAGUUCACCCCCAGAUUCGAUAUCGAGCUUGUGGUAACGAACCCGAACAAGAAGAUAGUCUUCUCCAUCGACCAAUUUGGCUUGCUCAUUUCCUACAGGGGCAUCCCACUCCUCAGGAGCGUCGUGGAUCCGCCAAACUACAUACAGAUACUAGGCAACCGGAGUUCGGAGGUCAAGUUCGAGUUGGGCAUGGAGAAGCUGAGCGACAAGAAGAAGAGGAAGGUGCUUAGGGACAUCAAAGGGGAUUGGAGCAGAGGGGUGGUGAGCUUUCAGGUGAAGGCGAGUAUGAGGGUGACGUUCAGAGCUGGGAGGUGGCUGAGCAGGCAGAGGUUGGUGGAGGCCUCCUGUAAGGAUUUGAGCGUCGAGUUUUUGCCUGCCAAAGAAACAGGGAAGCUCCAUGAUGGAGGGAGAAUCUGCUCCGUUGAUUAACAUUAGGCGUUCCUCUGAUUUCUUCUCUAAAGGCCCAUUAUGGCAAGUGGUAUAGUUCAUGGCCUGAUUAUAGCUUUCGUCAGCUUGUUCUUUCUUUGUGUCAGAUCGUUAAUAGGAAGGAGCAGACUCUUAAGAAACG